AGAUAAGAAACCCCGGGGACGAUAAGAGUUUGAAUCUACUUUUAAUUGUAACAGAAGUUGCCAAUUAUAGAAGGAUGAUAGGAGAGAUAAUUAAAAAAAAAGGGGGUUUGCUUAGUAUAUAAGCAGUGAGGAAAAUACAACCUCUUCUGCUUCUUCUUUACAACAAGAUAACAAAUCUUAACUUCCUUAUAUAAAAAAUGGCUGUCAUUUCCAACAACUCUCUUUUGCAAAAGUACCUCGAUCUCGGUCAAAACAACAAGGUCCAAGUUGAAUAUGUCUGGAUUGAUGCCAAAAACAACUUGAGAAGUAAGACUCGUACUGUUGACUUUGUUCCUCAAAAGGCCUCUGAAUUACCUGAGUGGAACUUUGAUGGUUCUUCCACUGGUCAAGCUGAAGGUCAUGACUCUGAUAUCUUGAUUCAACCCGUUGCUCUCUUCAAUGAUCCUUUCCGUCGUGGUGAUAACAAGUUUGUCAUUUGUGAGACUUAUAACCCUGAUGGCACUCCUCAUGCCACCAACUACCGUUAUGAAUGUAAGAAAAUCAUGGAUACCUAUGCUCACACCAACCCUUGGUUCGGUAUCGAACAAGAAUACAUGCUUAUUGACCCUGAGACCUCCAAGCCUUAUGGUUGGCCCAAACAUGGUUUCCCUGAAGCCCAAGGUAAAUACUACUGUGGUGUAGGUGCCGGUAAGGUCUUUGGUCGUGAUAUUGUUGAGGCUCAUUACCGUGCCUGUUUAUUCGCUGGUAUCAACAUCUCUGGUGUCAAUGCUGAAGUUGCUCCCGGUCAAUGGGAAUAUCAAGUCGGUCCCAGUGUCGGUAUUGCCAUGGGUGAUGAACUCUGGGCCUCUCGUUACCUCCUCGAACGUGUCUCUGAAGAUUUCGGUAUCAUCGUUACUAUCCAUCCCAAGCCUGUCUCUGGUGACUGGAACGGUGCUGGUUGUCAUACCAACUUCUCUACUGAAGAGAUGCGUCAAGAAGGUGGUCUUGCUGCUAUUGAACGUUCCAUUCAAAAGUUGAGUUUGCGUCAUGCUGAACACAUUGCCGUCUAUGGUGAAGACAACGAUCUUCGUUUGACUGGCAGACACGAAACUGGUCACAUCAACGAUUUCAGUUCCGGUGUUGCUAACCGUGGUGCCUCUAUUCGUAUUCCUCGUCAUGUUGGUAAGGAAGGCAAGGGUUACUAUGAAGAUCGUCGUCCUGCUUCCAACAUUGAUCCUUACAGAGUUACUCACAUCAUUGUUGAAUCUACCUUCAUGCCCGAUAACUAAAUAAUAUAUAUAUAUCUCUUACCCCUCCCCACCACCACCAUCUUAUUGUACAUUAGAAAUUAAUCUUAUUUUAAAUAAAUACACAAACAUUUCAGAAAGUAAAAUCAGUCUUUAA